AGCCACAGGAACUUUCCAAUGCUGCGUGAACCUUUGCAACACUACGGGUGCCUGAUGGAGAGGUGCUGCUAGCGGUGAGUGGAGCUGCCAUGGCGAAACUGCCCCAAUUGGCCGACGGACCUGGCCAAUGUCGCCUGGUCAUUUGUGACUGUGACCUUCGAAGAGGACCCCAUUGUGGCUGCGAUGGCCCAGCUCUCCAAGGAGAGGCUUCAGGAUGGGUGCAUUGAGAGCGAGAGCGGCGUUGUGAACUGUUUGGCCCUGGUGGAGGCAUUUCAACUGGCUGGCAAACUGGAGGAUUCCUACCUGGAGUCCGCCUUGAAAUCCCUGGUACACCAUGGUCACUCCAUGGAUGGCUCGGAACAGCUGAUGCCUCCACCUGCUGAACUUUGCAUCAGCGUUGCAAGGUUGGAGACGGAUGUGAUCUCUGAGCCCUUGAUCCUUUCGGAAGCCUCCCAGCCUGAGCUCUACGCGCUGUGGAAACCGCCCAACUGCUCCGCAGCAUCUGAAGAGAUCAGAAACCCCGCAGCCAGGUCUGAAGAGCCUCUGGCAUUGAGGAACUGGUUACAGGAGCACUUUGGGCACAGGGCCAUUGUUCAUGACGAAAGUGUGACCUAUGGAAUGGUUCAUCGCCUUGACCGAUUCACUUCGGGAGUCUUGCUCUGGGCGCCCUGCUACCAGGGUCUCUAUGAAGCACGGCUACAGUUUGCUGCCAGAAGGGUCCAAAAGGAGUAUCUCUGUUUAGCACAAGGCGUGGUGAAGGACGUCCCCCUGUUGAUCAAGGCACGCAUUGCAGAGGGCAGUAGCGAGCUUGGAGCUACCAGAAGCUACAUCUCACCCAUUGGGCGGCAUGCCUUUACGGAGGUGGUGGAUUCUGCAACCCUGGCGGAUCCGGAUGGACAGCUCUUCAGCUUGAUGCAGGUGCGGCUACACACAGGACGCACCCACCAAAUCCGAUGUCACUUGGCGCAUGAAGGACAUCCCCUGGUUGGAGAUCCAGUGUAUGGUGGCAUCACGCCUUCAUGGUGUCAGAGGCAUUGGCUGCAUGCUUGGAAACUGAGCCUGCAGAUGACCAGGGGGCCUGUGGCUGUGCAGGUGCCAGUUCCCCAUGAUCUGCGCCGUGCCGUUCAAAGGUUGCGCCCUGCAGAGGUCGCAGAUGCCUUCAGGCUUCGGCAAUGGCUGGGUUGACUGGGUGAUGAGUCUCAGAAAAGGAUGG